GUCAGGACCAUCACUCACAUUCGGAUCUUCUCGACGAUUGCCGCUGUGGACGGUUAUAGCACGAUCGGGUUUUGUGACAAUUGAACAUGUCAAUCCGAAGAAUCGUCCCCGAUAUCUCCGCGACGCGUUUAAGAAGAGCGGCGCCGAAUCCACCACACUAUGCCUUCCAACACUUCCGCUCCAUGUAUUCCACCAUUCAAUCCGCAACACGGAUAACACAGCCUUCAAGAGCCAGGAGAGUCCCAUCAUCGUCCCAAACCACACCCUCCACGCAAUGGCGUUCCGCCCGAAGAACAUUCACCACUUCUUCCACCCGCUCCCACGCCCACCUCACACCCCCGAAACCCGGUGAAGAACGCCACGUCACCUUCAUCGACAAAGACGGCUCCUCCCAUACCUUCACCGUUGCCGACGGCGACAAUCUCCUCGACAUUGCGCAAGCCAACGACCUCGAGAUGGAGGGCGCAUGCGGCGGCUCGUGCGCGUGCUCGACCUGCCACGUGGUCGUGGACUCCGAGGCUGCCUAUGACGUACUGCCGGAGCCAUCGGACGACGAGAAUGACAUGCUGGAUCUGGCGUUCGGGCUGACGGAGACGAGUCGGCUAGGAUGUCAGGUGUUGAUGAGUAAGGAGGUGGAUGGGAUCGUGGUGCGGUUGCCGAGUAUGACGCGGAACUUGCAGAAGAGCGAUUUUGAGAAGUGAUCGGGGGUAGGGGAUGUGGUGGUGAUCGGGCGUGGAGGAUGGAACACCAUGGGUGGGGCGGGUCGAAUGCCGUUACUCGGGAGGUUCGUCGAACGGGAACAUGGAAUCUCUUUCGCUACGCGCCGACUUGGAUUGCGCGAUAAAAGGGGACAAGCCCUUCUGCUUGGGCUAUGGCAUUCGACCUCCACCGUUGUCAACAUAUUGUACAUAAGGCGGAUCUCUCUUCACUUUUGUUUCCCGGCAGGUUUGGGACCUUUGGAGGGGUCGGACAGGGUAAGUCUACAUCUACUCACACACAAUUCGUGGAUCAAAUCCGCCCGUUUCAGUCGUGAUCAGUGGAAUUUCAACCAU